AUGACUGACGGACUGACCAGUCGCGAGUUAGCUAUCCCCGAACCUCAGUGGUUAAGGGCGGUGAGAACUUGGCGCCACCCAGCAGCCUCGCGUGCUCCUUACGUUCGUCUGGGUCCCCGCCGCUCCCGUUCUCUUGUGGGAAGCAGAAAGUCCAAGUUUAAACUGCCACCGCACGCGCGCUUUCCCUCCUGCUCCUGCCUCAACGCUGUUCGUUCGAAGAGGAGCAGAACAGCUUCCGCUCCCCACCUUGGCGGCCACCACUUGUCACAGCCGAAAGAAGAGGUUGGGAAGAAGAGAGGGAGGGGCGCCGUCAAGGAGCAGAGCUUUUCUAACGUAGUACUCAAAGAACCACUUUAUUGGGCAUCGGAGUGGGAAGGAGGAAGAGCGCAUGCACUUGUCCCUCAGGCGACCAACCCACUGAAAAAAACGAAGUCUUGGAGCCAAUCAAAAGGCGCGGGGGAUACUGACGUACAUGUAGCAAAAUACAAUUCUUGGAGCAAAGAACCAAAAUGGCAAUGGCUACACAUAAUGAGCUCAAAAACCUUAACGAGAUAUGGACUACAAAAGAUGGCAAGAAGCGUGGCAUCUGAAUUUGGCUGCCGAGAGCUUUCACCACACUCCAGUUUUCUUUCUUCAAUAAAUAGCCAGCUUUUUGUCAUCAUCAUCAUCUAUCCUACUUUAGACCUAUGCAAAGACCCAGCUCUCUGGAGAAGGCUCUAAUGCUGGAAAAGAAGGAAAGGGAUGAAGAGGAUGAUCAACAGCAAGGUGGAUAGAUUCAGUUAUCCCAAGUGCACCAUUGGGAGACUUGAAAGAACAAGUUAGGGAUAGAGCAUUGUGGAAAAAAACUGGUUGCUAGAAAUGAAAAUAAUUUAAUAGCACAUAAUCACUCUACUGAUGAACAAUUCUGGAGAAAUCAAAAGCUUCCCAUGCUCUCGACCUUUGGAUUAGCCUGAUAAAUGUGUGUGUGUGUGUGUGUGUAACCAAUUCACAUUUUUGGGGAGUUUCUUUCACUUAACAUUAGUUCCACUUGACAAUUUGAAGCUAAAUUUUGAUAAAAUAGAGGAGCAGAAAUUGCUAGGUUUUUUCAUCCUAGCAGAGCUAUAGAUAAUCCUAGUUGCAAUUUGCAACUAUCAAAGAGCAUUCAAAGAGCCUAAUUUGAAUGUUUAUAACUUUUUUCCGUUACCUAUCAAGUUACGGAUAUCCACAAUGAGAAUUACUGUAAAAGUCAAAAUGGCAGCUGCAACCAUGGGCUUGAAAGCUUAUCCUUUUUUUAUAUGCAUUGCAUGACUUUUUGUCCUCUUCUACACAUAGACUGGAUCAAAUGCAAAUCCUGUGGGUCUUGUUUUACUAUUUCCUGCUGCAUUCUUGGUUUUAUUUACAAUUUUGCUGAAAUAUUCUGCAUAAUUCAAAAGCUUAUACUGUAUGCUGUUUGAUUAUGUUUAAUUGACUUAAAACAAUUUGAAAUUAAUUCUUAUAGUUAAUCUUAGCUUGUUCCAUGCUUACCUUAGCAUGGAGUAAGAGAUCAGUCUCAGUAUAGUUUUGUUCAACAUUUUUUUCCCAUUGAAUCUGGAUUUUCUUCAAAAUGUCAU